UUCCUUUUUCUCCACACCUCCUCUAGCCGCCUUGUUUUUUAUCGUUUUCCUCACCUGCCCUUCCCCAGCGCCCCCACGACCCCGAGCGCCAUGUAUGACCGGGCUCCCCGCCUGCUCAAAUUGGCUGAAGGUGGCAGCACUGAGGCCCAUGUGGGUCCUGGAUCCUACCAGGUACCUUUCCUGAAGCAGCAGGCGACAGGUAGUUAUGCACCAUUUCUUUCUUUGACUGCCAGAGAAAGUACUUUUACCAUUGCCUCUAGCAUUGAGAAAGCUGUUCCAGGUCCAGGACACUAUAAUGUUUCAGAAGCGCAGAAAAUUUCAAGCGCACCUACACUUACCAGAAAUGUUGAUGUUCCUUCAAUUCCUUCUUGUGGAAAAUCAUAUGGUUAUCAUAUUAAUGAUGAUGGCACUAUUAUAAAAUGUCUUCCACCUGCUAGUGACAGUACACUUGGUCCAGCGUAUUACAAACCUCAAUUUGGUGUUUCCAAUGCAACUUUGAAAUACAAAGGCAUACAUUUUGGCAACUCUUCAGGAAGACAAGAGUUAUCUAAAAAGUCAAGUCCUGGUCCUGGACAGUAUGAUAUAGUCCAGAAAAAGACAUCAUACUAUGAAAAUGUUAACAUAAAGAGAGAUCAACAACAAAAUUAUUGCUCAUUUAUCCCACGAUUAUAUGAAGUAAUAGUAUUGCAGGCGAAAAAAAAGAGAUUUUUACCUAUGAAAUCAAUAACCCCGGCUCCUGGCACAUAUAACGAACCUCGAACUGCUAUCAAGUCCUUGAAGAAAACAGGACUGAAAAAUAUUCCAUUUGGUCAAAGUGCUGUUCGAUUCACACAGGACAUCAGGACAGAGGAGAUGCCAGGUCCUGGGUUUUAUAAUAUCCUGAACAAUACUAUAAUUGCCAAUAUUAGAAAUAUCUGCUCAAAGAAACAGGAGAAAUGUGCAUUUGGUUCUUCUGUUCCUCGGACUUUCUUCUUGGUUCAGAAAGAAGCUUGUGUUACCCCUGGGCCUGCUGAUUAUCAGAUUUUUUGGAGGAGUUAUGGUGGAAUUUCUGAUGAAUUACCUAACUUGACUAACAAAUAUGCUGCUUUCUUGUCAAGAGCUGAAAGAACUAUGAAGAUAUCAGAUAUGGGUAUUCCAGCACCAGGCAGCUAUGAUGUUCACAAAUCAUAUGAGAUGUCCCAAGUUAAGCAUAAAUAUAUGCCACCUCGUAGUUUAGUGGCUAAAAGAAAACAUGCCUCUUUUCUUAGUGCAACUCCUCGGUGCCUAGAAAAAAUGACUGAUGGGCCAGGUCCUGCAUCAUACAAUCCCGUUUUAAGGAAAUCUUGCCCCAUACCCUUAUUUACGAAAGCAUCAAAGCGCUUUGUAGAGUCCAGAGAGAUUACUCCAGGCCCAGCAACGUAUGAGGUUUGUCAGUAUUUCUUUCUUAUCAAUGACACAAGAACAGAAUAUUUUCCAGAAAGUACUACAAAUUUAUAUAUUAAAGUCUGUUCGAUAUAUUUUAUUCAUAUUGCUGAUUAA